AUGGCUUCAACGACAGGAAACACCUGGCCACCAGUCCAUACCCACCACUCUUACUGCCCCACUUCCUCCUCCAUCAAAACAACCAGCACUAGUUUCCUCAUCGCACUCUCCACCCUCCUCCUCGCUCUUCUCGCCUUGACAACCGAUGCACAAGCACCAGUUGCUCGUCGUCGACUCGCCUAUGUUCAACACAACAAUCAGCUUUACCUUCAGGGAGGAAUCGCACAAGCCGGCCUCUCCAACCAAUUCAACGCACUCGAUUUGACAAAGCCUUGGUCAACAGCCUCGCCCUCAUGGACUAUGCUCGGGGGAGGCAACUGGGUGUCUCAUCACACCAUGGUCGCUGUUGACCCCGAGCAUUCUGCCGGUUUGGGAAGUGGUGCUCAGGGGUAUUUGCUUUCAAUUGGAGGCAACCCAGCAUCGAGCAGUGGUUUCUGGUCAACCUAUGAUAUCCAGUCAGGUACAUGGGCGAACCUCACCACCCCAGCGCCCUAUAUUGGUUUGGAAGGACAGGCAGCAGUGUCAGAUCCGUCGACAGGGCAGGUAUACAUUGUUGGAGGAUACUACACUGAUGCCACGACAAAUGCCACAGUCGCCAAUCGCCUGACGGUCUAUGAUCCAACGAGCAACUCGGUGGUCAUGCAGCAGGCAGCAACAGACAAGACAAACUUGACUGGUGCGGCUGUCGUCUGGUCAACAAAACGCAACACGAUCUUGUCAUUUGGUGGGUCCAGAGCUACGUCUUCAUCGGCUGUCAGUGGACUACAAAUGGGCACCAUUGACGAGUACGACCCGGCAUCCAAGAUCUGGAAGACUAUGGCCACGACGGGAAACGUUCCGACACGUGCGCUGGACGCGUGCGCUGCAGCCUCGGACGACGGCUCCAAGAUUGUAUUGUUCGGAGGAUCACUCGAUUCCAACACCUUCUUCAGCACAAUAUACACGCUUGAUGUCGUCUCUGGUGUGUGGUCACAAGGCGUAGCUGCUCCUGACUAUCGAGCACGUAUGGCCUGCGGAUUCCACUCCGGCCAGUUCGUCGCCUUUGGAGGUUCUCGAGGAACCAACCAGAUGACAGACAUGCAGAACAACCUCCCCAUCGUCUACGAUGUCGAUGCCAACGCCUGGUCGGUCAACUUUGAUCCCAACGGAGCUACUGAUGGCAGUGGCACUGGUAACAAGGGGGCGAUCAUCGGUGGUGCUGUUGGAGGUAUCGUUGCCCUCAUCAUCUGUGCCGUCGGUGGAUUUUGCUUCGUUAAACGUAGGAGAGCCAAGCGCAAUAAGGAGGCGAAGGACUCUGAGGAAAAGGCGGCCGCGCUGGUUACUGAAAGCGAUGACGAAAUCCGCCGUAGUCAGCGAGUUGUUCAUGACAAGUACAACAACGGUGACAAUUCGGAUGCCUAUGGCAGACCCGGUUCCAUGAGCCCAGCUGCAUUCCAAGGCGCGAAUGCUUCACCUUCUGUUCAUGCCGCUUACAGACAGUCGGACGCGUUCUCGCAGGGUGUCUCGGAACAUGACUAUGCCGUGGGUAGUGCUCGAGCUCUCUCUGACACUGCUUCUCAGCCUGACGCCCAGUACUACUAUCAGCAAAUGCAGUUGCAGCAACAGCCGUACGAACAGCAGUUUCAACAACAACAGCAACAAUAUGCUGACCAGGCUGCAUAUGGCAACAUGACACCUGGUUCCCCUGCGCACUCACUGUCAACCCCCCCUCAUUCAUUCGUACCGCACCAAUCUCCCACCAACACCCUCGGAGGCUAUCCGGUUUCUGUGGCGGGGGGCUACAGUGUCCCAGUGCUCAUCCAGCAAGGUGACGGAAAUAUCCAGGGUCCUCACUCUUGGACCGGAAGCUACUACGAUACACAACCGGUCUCCGGAGCAGGCGGCCAUAUCCCAGCCGUGCCACCAAUCACCUACAACGGUGGAGUAGUAGUACCGCAGCAGCAGCAGCCUUGGGUCCCCUCGAACGGGUACUACGGGGUCCCCACCGCCAGUGCGACGCCGACGACUCCUGGGUUCCCGCCACUCGACUCCCCAGUGGGUUGGGGUGGCAGCAAUAGUGUGGGGACUGCUGUCGACAGCACCAACGGCGGCGGACUUAACAAAUAUGCCGAUGACGGAUAUUCAACCAACAUGAUGACGGCGUUACCCGCUCGCGGUCCCCAGGCUGUUUCUCCUAGUUCGCCUUCAGAUUACAUCCGUCCUCCUCAGUCGUAG